AUGUGUGCAGCAAAUAAUCUAAUCAUGAGGAAAACAUUGACCGUCAAUCAAGUUCAACCACGCAUUAGAGGAUGGACAGUCAUCAUACAAGUCAUUGAACGAGGUCAUAUCCUUGUAAGCCAAAAAGAUACUUCCGUCUCUUACCGCAGGUUCCUUUUCUGUGAUGCUGAGGGCACUAAUGUUUCAGCUGUUGCUUAUAACAAUAACAUAAGGGCCGGUGCUAAUCUAUUGAUCCCAUUCAAGAUAUAUCGUAUCUCUGGUGCUAGUCUAAAGAAAGUUGAUGACAGAUAUAGGGUGGGACCAUAUGACUUUUCUUGGACCAUCAACAACAAUACCCUCAUUCAGCCUUGUGAUGAUGUUGUCCCGACCCACCUCUAUUGCCAUAUGGACACUGAAAGAUUCGCAAACUUACACCGCUACACGGACUCAGAAAACUUACAGAAUAUUCUAGGAGUUGUUGUUCAUGCAUUUGAACAAAAACAAAGGGGCUUUGAUUCAGUGAUGAGAGACAUCGUGAUUGUGAACACUGAGAACAUGCCUAUGAUUUUAACCCUUUGGAAUGAGUUCGCUACAACUGAAGGUCAACAACUUGCAACUGGUAUCAACGCAGGAAACGUAAUCAUUGCAAUGCGUGUUCGGGUCACAACUUUCAAUGGAAUCUCACUCUCCACCAAAUCAACAAGUGCACUUCUCAUAAAUCCACCGACACCCGAGGCAAAUGAGCUAAAGUACAUACAAAAUAGGCUGGAUAUUGACAAUCUCAUUAUAGCCAGAGCAUUUACAGACCCUGCUGCAUUGCUUCCAAGGCCACCUGCUGAAAACAUCAUGAGUAUUGAAACUUACUUGAAUCCUGCUAACAAUGUCAAAGCUGCUUGGAUUCAAGGAAGUAUAACUUUGGGACUGGCCAACCAACCACUUUGGUUUGCCGCUUGCUCAAACUGCCAGAAAAAAUUCGACCUUGAAGUGGGCUCUGAUAUAAGAAUUCCAAUCUACAUUGAAGAUGAGACAGACACAAUUGCAGCAGUUGUUUAUGGGGAUGAUGCUGAGGAGCUAGCUGGGCGUACUGGUGCUGAAUUGAAAGAUGCUGAAGAAGAGGCUUUGGACUUGCUCGGACCAAUUGGCGUGAGGAUUAAGAACCACCAUCUUGUUUGUUAUGUGAGGUUGUACCAAAGCAACGGCCCAAGCUAUACAAUUGUGAAGCUGUAUAUGGAUGAAAUUGAAGGUCUCUUAGAUGAGGAUGACAUAGAUCAUGCAGCUGCACAGAACGAGCUUGUGCAUAACCCCGCGCCCGAGCCUGAGCCUGAUGUCCAGCUAUUUACACCAAGUACGAAGGCAUGCCUGGAAGAAAUUGCGAGUGCACCCAUGAACACUGACAUUCCUGGUCCAUCAAAAUCGACCCCAGCACGCUCCUUGGUAUUUGGAGACGACACUGGUACUUCCUCCUCCGAUCCUCCACUUGACACAACCGGCGGCGAUGGAUCCUACAGCGACGCCGCAAGUGCAAGCAGUUCAGCGGUUCCAUCCAGCCCGCUCAAGAAACCUCGCAACUAA